UUUCGCAGAAUCUGAAGCGAAUGUUUCGAAAGUGAGAGGUGGGAAAGAACCGACCCGCAAAUUUCCCGAGUGAGUGAGUGAGUGUCGAGUGUCGAGUGCAAUGAAGAACACGAGGAGCGAGGGGGAGUUGCGCGUGAAGAACAACAUCAACGACGGACGCGUGGUUGGUGGGGCGACGUCUUGUUCGGCGACGUCGUCGCCGACGACGGAGUUUGCUCCCCCGAUGCACAGAGCGAGGACCAGGUCCGUCGACAACACCGGCGCCCGACCGAGACCUGUCGGAUUGCGCCACGAAAUCACACAGCCGUCAGUCACGUCCGUGCGAUGUGUUCUGCAUAAUAAUUCAGAGAUCAGGUACGAGCAUGCAGUGUUGCCAGCUGCUUCCCCGGGGGCUCCAGUGCAGCACAGGAGUGAAGUAACUGUGCCAGUUGGCAUUCCGAACUCACCGAGUUUCUCUUGGAUACAUCAUCAGCCGUCGUUGAUUGAAGUGGAGGAUCCCUUGCAGAUUUUUGAUGGAACCCCUGCUUUGCUUAGUCAUUCCCAAAACGGUUCCGUCCGCAAUCAAGGUUAUGAGACCGGUAUGCAGAAUUCGAGGAGGAAGGAUUACGGCCAUGCUUUGAUUUUGCAUCAAAAAUCAAGGAAGGAUGCGUUGGAGAAGAAAGUUGCUGAAGAAAGAAAACUAUGCAUGAAGUUGAAGUAUGAAAAGAAGAAGUUGGAAGACGACUUGAUGCAGAGGAGGCAAAACAGAGGAACCCAGUUUCCGACUGUGAAGGACUUGAAGGAACUGAAUGAAAUCGUGCAUAGUCUGCGGGUGAAGUGCGAGUUGACGAACCGGAGAAUCCAGUUUUUCCAGGGUCAGAGCACUGCUCCUCGCAACGGAGAGUUUUACUCGAAUAUGGAGCGGUUUGGUAGAACGGGUCAAGAUGGCCGAGUUCCCCCGCCAGAUGACAUGGCAGCUGUGAUGAUGCCUCAAUUUUCCCGCAGCAUUCCUCCUGCUGUAGCUCCAGGCUCUCGUGUGACAGCCUCCGUGUCGAUGCCUGACGAACUGCAGCGUGCGUCAUCUAGUGUUGCUGUUUCCGUGGACGAAGAAGAAGGUCCGCACUGGUCUUGUCCCACAUGCACGUUCCUCAACCACCCGGCCCUGUCCACGUGCGAACAGUGUGACACUUUGAGAGCCCCCAAUAAAAUCCCGACUGACAUGAGCUGCCAUGACAGCAGCAGCAGUGGCGGCGGUGUUGGUGGUGGUGGUGGCGCCGGCGCCGCCAGUGCGUCUGCUUGUGGCGCCGGUGCUCGUACGUGUUACUGUUGCGCAGGCGCUGCUGUUGCGAGAACACCCGGUGCUUGCUUACAGUAUGCCCACUACCCUGGUUGCCUGGCGCAUCGCCAGUGAUGAUGGAGUGUGAACUACUGUACGUUUUACGACAGUCAGUGUUUUUUUCUUUUUCUGUGUCGGUUUCUGCGAAUUUUCCGACUGCCUCAACGUGAUGAUUGUGUCUUUUUUUUUGUGGAAACCUUUGUAUUUAGGAUCCAAUUUAAGGAGCGUUCACGGGAAGAAAGGAAAAGGACGCCUUUUUUUCUGAUCGUUCUCCGUAUUUUUUAGGAUUAAUGAUGAAGUUGCGUUUGUUUUUCAAACGUUCAGGAGUGAGAAUUUAAAACUUGAAUAAUUUUAAUUACGGUGAUUCGUGUAAAAGGGAAGGCGCUUAUCCUCAAUUUCUGGCUUUUUGAACCGUGCCACUGAAAGUUCUCUGAUUUCAUGUGAUGUUACGUAGGUUUCGCAUAUAGAUUUUAUUUUGGGCUGUGGCGAAUUAAGUUCGUAUUUGGUUCUGGUGUGCUAUUAGAUUAGGUGGAUUCCCCGACAACUCGCCAAAAGCGAAACUUGGAGUAAUUUUUCCUUUUUUAUACCAUUUUUUUUAUUCAUACUUUUACUGGCGUGGGAGUUGAUCAGACAAGGUAAGAAACAUUUUUAUUUCUACAUAAAGCAAAUUAUAUGUCCUUGGAAACACAGCAUGAUUCUCAUUCAAAUAUUAUGCCCAUUCUUUUUUUUUUCAAAUUUAGGAAGAAAAGUACUCUGGUUAAUUCAGUAAUGAAUUUGAAUUGUUAUCGAAUCAUGUCAUAGUGUAGCAAGUUAUGAACAGUUCCAACAAAUUUUAAAUUAUUUGGACAAUUUAAAAAGAAUGUAUCAUGUUUGAAACUUCAAGAUAAUAAACCUGAAAAAUGAAAGGCCGUUGCAAUCAUAGAAGUGUAUGACAAAGUUGCUGAAAAGAUUUCAAUUCAUUGAUGUAAUUUAAAGAUUAAACUCUCUCUUGAGCCCAAUGUCGCAGCGGCCCAGUCUUCAAAAAUCCCAGAAGGAAUGGAAAAAUAACUAGUUUUUGUCUCAACCUUGCCAGUAAUUUCAAUUGAAAAUGAAGAGAAAAGGCUUUUAUUGCCUUUUUAAAUCCAUCCACUUUUUCGUAAAAGAAAUAAUAUGCAAAUUGUGGAAAAAAAGAAAAUGACUCCAGUUGUUGUCUUUGGUGAUUUUUUCGCUGUAAACAAUUAUGUUAGGUGUGGUGAUUUUAGUCAUUGGUCACUCCGGGUUAUCCAUGAUGAAUUGAUGAACCAUUUAAUUUUUAAAAAAGUGAAAAAAUUUCGACGCAUUUCCCCGACAUUCCUUUGACGCGGAGUGUCGGGGUUUGGAUCAUUGAAAAUGCUAUAAUUUUAAUUUUCUUAAUCCGCAAAGCUAUUAAAACCUUUUCUUCGGACUUAUGAAAUUUCUUCUAGCUUUUGGGGAACCUUGUGUCUGUGCUUUUUCAUGUUUUCGAUGCACCAUAAGUUUAUUCGCGAUUAUUUCAUGAUAUUGGAGUAUUUCAAGGCGUUGGAAGAACAAUUCAGAAUGCUUAAGACUAGAGAAAUGAAUGUACCAGUCAUUAGAGGUCUGAGCAAAAAAAUGUACUGGGUGCUGAUUUACUCUUGAUACUGAGUCCGUUUGAGGUUUAGAAAUACCGUAUGAUGAUCCCCGAUGCGGGAAAUUCCUUGUGAUGAUACAGUACUCAUUCCUAAUAUUAUUGAAAAAUGGGCGGGGGGAAACCCGACGUUCUGUGUUGGUGGAAUUCGAGAAAAGUGUUUUUUUAUUUCGCGAUUCUCAGUGGAGAAAGUGACGGGAGUGUUGAAUUCCAUUUGAGUGACGAAUUUUGCAAGCUGAAGUCAUCCAAUUUUGAUUUCUUGGAUCGAUCGUUUUCAGUUCGCGUUUUUUUUAAUGGAACUUUUAAAAGUAGCUGUCGGUGUUUUUCGUUGAAAGGGAAGAGAAAUUCUAAUUUACUUGAACAUAAAUGACCUCACCUCACUCGCCAAUUCUUCGGCUUCAAGUUUUAAGAUUGAUAAUUGUAAGAAAUCGCUUUUCAGUCGGUUGCAAAAUGUUUUCAGGGGUUCCGAUUGAGAAAAAAAAACUCGUUGAAUUGUGAGCCUAUGUUAUUAUGGUGUGUUGGUCAAUUCCACCUUAAGCUUCGAAUUCAAUGUAUUCAAAUUUGUUUUCUCUGUUGAAUUUCGUUGAAUACUGUAUUUUUCUGCGGUGAUACGAUUUUUUGUGUUUGAAUGUGCGUUUUUUUUGUUUUUGCCGGAAUUACAUUGCGGUUCUUGUCGAGCUUGCCGCAUCGAUUUUGCAAGCUUGAGCUGUAAACUAGUGGGCAUUCAGAGCAAGGGAUUAUUUUUUUGCAUUCGUGCUGCACUUUUAGUGUUACAUGAUGUGAGCAAAACUUUUUUUUUUCGGGAACCGAUUCGGAACGUUUUUCUGAAACAGUUCCGAAUUGUUGAUGCCUCUCAAUUCGAGUCGUGGAUUUGAAAUUUGAGAUGACGAUUGAUUUUCAAAUACUGUAUCAGGACAGGGAUACGGUAUUUGAUUGAAGGUGUUUUUUUGUGAGAAGAUGUGCGAAUUUUCAUUUGAGGCUGUACGUUAACUUUAUUCCCUUUCCUUUUUGAAAAACGGAGUUUUUUUUAUUUUUCUGACUGCAAUCGGGAUGAGAAAUCAGAAAAAAAACUUACUCAAAAUGUCAUAUUAUGCAAAUACGGCUUGAAAAACGUUUCAGGAAAUUUCGAUUUCAUCAGCUUUAAUUAAAUUUCAAAGUAACUCAUCUCCAUUGGACCGUGAAGAAAGGAAAAAUUCCCGAUUUCUCAAAAAUUAUAGAAAACGUGCGAAAUAAUUUAGGUGGUGAGCAUUUGAUGAUCUACUGGAAUCCCACAAAUUUUGAGAAGACCUGAAGUUGUCUUUCUAGAGAAGAUUCGCGAUGAAAAAAAAAAAAAGGAAAAGUCGUGUGGAGGAAUUUUUCAAAUGUUGUAUAAAUUGGAUUUUUUACGUUCCUUGAAGAAUGUUUUCUUUUGGUCGAGUCGAUUCCGUGACAUUUUUCACCUACUCGCUCGCGUUUUUCCAUGCUCUAUAUUUUUUUUUUCUCGCGAGUUUUGGGAUGAGAUUCGUUACAAUGCCUUCCUAGUCCGAGACCCAGUUUUAAAACCGGGAAGUCGAGUGCUUGUGCUUUCAUUGUUACCGUUGUCCGAAAAAAGAAAAGAAAAAAUAGGAAGAUGAUGAGUGAUGUUAUAGUUUUAGCUGAGAAAGAACUAUAGAGUGAUUCAUUUUAUAAGCUGGACUUUCAAGUGCUGCGUUUUGAAUCGAGAGGUCUUGGUACUUUUGAUCGUCGCUGAGUUUUUAUGAGAGUGAAGAGGAGUCUGUGAUCUGCAUUUCAAGUUUCACGUGGGGAGAAAAAACAUUUGCGUUUUUAUUUUCAGUCAUGGGAUUGGUGAGAAUAAAGAAAAUUGUCUUUUUUUAUGAUGGA